AAGACGUCUUUUCCAGUAUGACUGACAUGAGGCUUGCCGAGUCAAGCUCUUCUCAACAACUCUCAGAUUCGAGUAAUAGCAAGAAGCGUUUAGAAGCCAAGAUCCUCGGUGACCAUCUUGAACGUGCGGCAAGAUGUGCACCUGUUGAAAAGAGACGCGUCAUACUCGAUUGGCUUCAAUAUGUGUCGGCUGAAGUAUUACUGAAUGAUGGUGCCAUUGAGAGUCAAGAUUCGCCGAGCAACUCAGACGAGAGCAAGGUUCCACAACCCGUGUUCGGGAAGCCCAUGCCAGGAGGCCUUUCUCUGACUGAUCUCAGGAGGCUCAUCUCCUUGUCUCCUGUAAGAUGACAUCCGUUAUCGAGGCCCAAGUCUCUACGGAACUCAAGAAAACGUUAUGUGCCAUGCAAGAAUACUACUCAGAUGAAUGUGCUGGGAAUGCGGAGGAGCAGCUACGUCUCGCGUAUGCGCUCCCAGAACGGAUACGAGCGCAGCAAGAAAGAAUAUUGCAAGAGCGAUCUGCUGUCCAAGACGCUCAAGCUCAGAUACACCAACUAGUAACCGAAAUCAACGAGAUUCAUCCUCGCCUGCAAGAACAACUAGUGGAAGCCCUGACGACCCUGCCACCGCUUCUAAAUGAAACUCGGGCCACACAAGCCGACGUUCUAUCCGCGACCAUUGAGGCCAGCCUCCUCAAGCUCUCUCUCAUCCGCACGCGCGCAUACAACGCAUUGUAUGGCUACAUUUCACGGUCAGACCCAGACUGCACGAUGAACAAUGCACUCCUCGCUGCACAUGAGAAACUCUUUGCAAAGCAGCGCGAACAGGAAGAAGAAGAGCGUGCUCUAGACGCACGCAUAGCGGAAUAUGAUAACUUAAUGCUCCUUGUGGGUGGAGGAGAGGGCGGGUUCGCGCAGAUUGUCGAAGAUAUGGCUCGAGUGAAGAAGGAGACGGAAGAAUGUAGGAGGGACCUAUGCAGGUUGGGAUGGACUGGGGAUUAAGCAUCCUAACAAAACAGCAUUAUCACACCAUACAGAACGGCCCGUCAUCCGUCAAACCUUGCGCCAAAACGCUCGUGCGCAAUAUUCACGCUCAACAGCGUACUAUGUCGGACAGA